AUGUAUAGUUUCCGCGGCGCUCCAGCGAGGGUCUGUGACAACUGUCGCCGACGAAAGAUCCGCUGUAACCGCGAGCAUCCCUGUGACAAAUAUGGCUCUUCGACACUGGGUCUCGACGCUCAGCCUAUCAACAAUGUAAUUGCCGGAUUUUCACCAACCUCUAUGAGCUCAUUGAAUGACUGCCCAUCCUUAGCUGGAUAUGACGCUUCACUGUUGCCAUCUGAAAUAUUCACUACCGAGCCAGCUCCAAGGCCACCGCGAAUCUCCUCCACGCAGCUUCAAGCGCAUUUGCACGUCUUCUUAACAUAUCUAUAUCCUAUAAUGCCAGUUGUGGAUAAGAAUGCCUUCCUACUUGACUGUGCUAAUCCCGAGGCAUUGGAUCCCCGUCGCUAUGCACUUCUAGUUGCCCUUUCCGCUGCCGCCCAUUUGCAACUGAACCUCGAUAUGUCACAGACAAGUGUCAGUGUCGAUAUCCCCCAGCUAGGCCAAAGUCUCCUUGAUGAAGCAUUGCGGACGCUGCAGCAAUUUGGCCUCCUUGAUGACCCACAUGUUGACAACCUUCUCACCAUGUUUUUCCUGUUUGCUGCGUAUGGAAACCUCCGCAAGACUCAUCAGGCCUGGCAUUAUCUCAACCAAAGCAUUUGUUUUGCAUACAUGUUGAAGCUGAAUGUAGAGUCUACUUAUACAGCAUUGAGCCAGCAUGAAGCUGACAUGCGCCGGAGAAUCUACUGGCUUCUUUUUAUCACAGAACGUGCAUAUGCCCUCCAAACGGGUCGACCCGUCAUGCUUCGUGGAGCUAUCCAGAAGCCUGUUGUCUUCCGGUCCGAGUCACCGACGAUGAUGUAUGGCUUUAUUAGCCUUGCCCUGCUCUUUGAGAAAAUAUCUCCUGAAUUCUAUGAAUGGAACAUUGGCGAUUUAGGUGAACCAUGCGACCUUUCAUCCUUGACAACUAUAUUUAAAUCUGUUGCUUUUGCAUCACCUCUGCUAGAAGAAGUUUCUGAAACAAGCCGGAUUGAUCUCGUCCUCACUCAGCAGUGGCUUCAAACCCGCCUGUGGCGAUUUUAUAUGGAUCGCAAGGGCUUCUGCCAGGCGCAGUAUAACUCAGAUCUACCUAUACUACUCCCAGUGAUAGCAGGAAAGAGCGUGAUGGUCUGCUUAUCAUCAGUAGCUCAGAAGUCGACUGAUGCACAUGGCAUUGGAGCUGAACAGAAACUAUACGACAUUGGGGAAUGCAUAUUCCAGCUCACACAACACCUAUCCCGUAAGACUAAUAAAUUAUGGAAGGUGUCUGCUGUUGAUCUUAGGGAUGUAUUGUACGGAAUCCUAACGACGUUAUCCCGAAUUCGAGGCUCUCAAUCGUAUUUACUCCCAGCGUUACUACAGCAGUCUCAGGGACUUCUGGGCUUUAAAGAUGUCCCUCAGCCUUUGAGUGAAGUAUAUUCCUCGUCAGAGACUGAUAAUGAGGAAUCUAUCUAG